UGAUAACAUUUCUAGCAAAGAAUGGGCCCAUUAUUAUUGUCUUAAUCUUCCUUCAGUGAUUGUAGGAUGAUGUUUAGUUAGUUAAACUGCUUGUGGCGUUUUUCAUGCUCGUUUGGGGUUUUUGAGGGACUAUAAUCGGAGUUGGCUAUAUUCUGUUUAAGAAAUAACCUUAAUUAUAUAUUUGAUUACACAACACGUAAUUCAAACAUGUGGAACAAUGAGCUACAUUUUUGUUCGGAAUCCACCAGCCCCACAGUUGUCGUAUAUAUCCAUAUGCAACCUAUGACCUAUGGUCAUUAUUUAAUUUUCUGUAACAUGCACGCAUAUAUCCUGUAUUCAAUACAUGAACAUGUUAUGAACACAAUAUUCUGAACAACCCCACGAACAUAUUGUUUCUAGAUUCUUGUGAUAGGAGCUGAGAUGAGGGACAUUAAAUGUACACAAUCUGAGCACAGUUCACGUUGAUAAGGAGUUUAUGAGUUAUAUAUAAAGGUUCAUUUACGCAAACCUAGAUAAGGAUUCAUAAACAAUAGUGCACUUCAGUCAUUUACUAAUCUGAAGAUAAAGGUUUUAUCCUGGUUUUCCUCCAAUCCAUAGUGCUCAUGCCAUUACGAUGUUACGUGCCACAGCUGAGCUGCCGUAAAUAGUUUUGCUUUUGGCAUAAACUAGCUGGCUAGGAAACAGAAUAAUAUACUAAGGUGCCCUAGAAAGAACAGCGCCUCCCAGAGUGCCGCAGAGGCAAUGACCCCCUCAUGUGUUAGAGGUCAUUAUUCAUGCUCAUUGUGUAGUGACUAUUUCUAUUGUUGACUGCAGUGAUCAUGGCAUGCUGCAUAUUUAUAGGAUAAGGAAUAGAGAACCAGAUUAAUAUUGAUAAUUAAUAUUUUGUCAACUAAAAUAUCCCUACUCCAACACAUUUCAUAAAUGCAACAAACUAUAGGCUAUUGGUUAUUUUAUAUGUAGCAUGACUAUAUAUAUUGGACGUUAGAGUCCAAUAUAGUGUUCUCUUCAUUUUAGAGGUGGAAUGGCUGGUUUUGUGGCUCCAGAUCAAUUUUAUUUGGUGGGAGGGACCAGAAAUGGCUCUUUUGAUAGUGAAGGUUGCUGACCCCCAACCAGAAGUGACGUGAAUUGGUGGGUGAUCUAGGGUGUGAUACACUUGGGAAUGAGCUAAAGACAUGGGGUCUGCGUUAUAUGAAAGGGGGCCUAAAGGACAUACAAGAAUAUCAAUGUGGUGGUUCCAGCCCAACCAGAGGUGAUGUCAUCCCUCCCUCAGAGGUCAGAAAACACACCAUUAAUGUCCACCAUUUCCACUGAGAAUAAAAGCAAUGACUUCCUUUAUUUAGCGCGCAGGCAAACUGAUCGCUUGUGCAGCUGGAAUUCGUGGAUUCUUCCAAAACAUUGUGCGUCACUUUUUGUGCACCAUCACCCCAACUAUUUUGAGGAUACCUUGGACUCACACACACACACUCACUCACAAUUACUCAUUCACUCACUUUCACUCACUCUCUCACUAUCACUCACUUUAUCAAUCACACACGACAGGACAAGACGGACGUAGAUGACCUCACCGUCACUUCAUUUCAUUAACCAAUCCCGAAUAGCCUGAAGAAUACACCUUAAUCCUUGGAGUCAACCUCAUGGAUAAAGCAGAGUGCGUGUGAGUGUGAAGGUGUGGUCAGCACCAGCGACGUUGAUGUUGCUUCCCCUCUUCACAGUGCAAUGAACCUGGACAGGUUUGAGAGAGGCCCCCGGGAGAUCCUCAACCCAGAGAUCCAGAAGGAUCUACUGGUGCUGGAGGAACAAGAGGGUUCUGUCAACUUCAAAUUCGGCGUGCUGUACGCCAAAGACGGACAGCUCACAGAUGACGAAAUGUUUAGCAACGAGACGGGCAGCGAGAGCUUCGAGAAGUUCCUCAGCCUUCUGGGAGACAGCGUCACGUUGCAGGGGUGGGCCGGCUACCGCGGGGGGCUCGACACCAAGAAUGACACUACAGGAAUGCAAUCCAUCUACACCGUGUAUCAGGGCCAUGAACUCAUGUUCCACGUCUCCACCAUGUUACCUUACUCCAAGGAGAACAAACAGCAGGUCGAGAGGAAGAGACACAUCGGAAACGACAUCGUCACCAUCGUGUUCCAGGAAGGAGAGGACGCCUCGCCCUCCUUCAAACCGUCCAUGAUCCGAUCACACUUCACCCAUAUAUUUGCAUUAGUUAGAUAUAACAGAGAGAAUGACAGUUACAGACUGAAGAUCUUCUCAGAAGAGAGCGUUCCUCUGUUCGGACCGCCACUCCCCUCCCCCCCAGUGUUUACGGACCACCAAGAAUUCAGGGACUUUUUGCUAGUAAAACUAAUCAACGGAGAGAAAGCCACGCUGGAGACGCCCACCUUCGCCCAGAAACGCCAGCGGACCCUGGACAUGCUGAUCCGCUCUUUGUGCCAGGACCUGAUGCCUGACCUGCCCAAGGCUCCUUUCUCUCCGCAGAACAUGCUGAACCGACGCUCCUUCAGCGACGUGCUCCCUGAGUCGCCUAAGUCAGCGCGCAAGAAGGAGGAGGCUCGGCAAGCAGAGUUCGUCAGGAUAGGACAGGCGCUGAAGCUGAAGACCAUCGUGCGAGGAGACGCCCCCACCAGCCUUGUUACCACUGGCCUAUGUCGGAAAGAGCCAUGGGAAUCACAGCCAUUCUGCAGCACGUUCCCGUACGAGAUUGUGUGCGCCGACUCCUGGGGUCAGUCUCUGCUUGUUGCCACGGACACAGCAGGGGUCAUGGUGUUGGAUGGCUGCGACCCAACACAGUCUAAUAUCGAGCAGCUGGCGGCGCCGCCCGUGCAGGUGUUCGACAAGACCCUGGUGGUGAAGCAGAUGCACAUCCUGGAGCCUCAGGACCUCCUGGUCACCAGGGCUGACAAAGGUAAAGACGCUCGCCUGUACGUGUUCAGACUCAGCUCACUGAAGAGAGGACUGGAGGAGAAGCAGGCCGUACGAAGCAAGUGUGACAGCAGGGAGAACAAACUGGAGAAAACUAAAGGCUGCCACCUGUACUCCAUCAACACACACCACGGCUCAGAGCUGAGGAUAGUGGCGGCCAUCAGGAACAAGCUCCUCCUCAUCACCAGGAAACAGCCCCGCCCAGAGGGCUUCAGCGCCAUGGCAUCGGCUGCAGACUCGCCAGUCGAGGAGUUUCAGUACAUACGGGAGAUCUGCCUGUGUGACCCCCCCGCGGUGAUGGCCCUGGUGGACGGGCCCACAGGGGAGAACGACAACAUGAUCUGCGUGGCGUACAAACACCAGUUUGACCUGAUCAACGAGAGCACCGGAGACGCCUACCGCCUGCACCACGUGGACGCCAGCAGGGUCAACUUUGUCGGCGCCAUCGACGUCUACGAGGACGGCGAGGCCGGCCUGCUGCUGUGCUUCAACUAUAGCUGCUACUACAAGAAGGUGUGUCCGUUCAACGGCUCCACCCCCAUGAUCCAGUCCAACACCUCCGACUUCCACUUCAGCUGGAACCAGAUGCCUCAUGCUAUCGUGUGUGCGUUCCCAUACAUCCUGGCGUUCACGACGGACUCCAUCGAAAUCCGGCUGGUUGUCAACGGCAACCUGGUGUACACGGCAGUGGUCCCAGAGCUGACGCUGACGGCGUCUAGGUCGGACAUCUACUUCGUCUCGUCCGCGCCGGUCAACUCGGCCUCCACCUGCAGCUCCAGAGACACAAGCUCCCUGAGUUCCCCUCAGACUCCCACUGGAUACGAGAUGCCCGUGUUUCCCUCACCCCUCAGUGAUGAUUCUAUACGGAUCCCCUAUGGUACCAAGCUUUCCCUGUACAUGUCUAAGGAUGCGGAAGGUGAGUUGGCGUGUAAGCACAUCUUCAAGAUCCCGCUCAGCAACCUGGUGGGCCGCAGCAUCGAGAGACCGCUGAAGUCCCCGCUGGUCAACAAGGUGCUGACCGCGCCCACGGCGGCCAUCCUUGGCCCCUCGCCCACCCUGAUCUCCGCCUCCCACUCGCUGUCCCUGUCCCGCAUGGAGAUCAAGGAGAUCGCCAGUCGCACACGGAAGGAACUACUCGGUUUGACCGAGGAGCCCAGCGGGAAGCCAGACAGCGGAGCGGUGAAACAGAGGAGGAUGAGCCGGAAGAACAUCCAGGAGGAGGAGCCCAAGCCCCACGCACUGACCUCAGUCAACAGCGACAGCAUGGCCCCAGAGUCCCCAGACGACGCGGACCCCGACGGCCAGCAGCAGCAGCAGCACUGCAUCCCCAGCCCCGAGCCGGAGGCCGAGCGGGCCGUGCUGCCAGAGGAGUGCCCCCUGCUGGCCGCCGCCUUCACCCUGUCCACCUCCUUCGGAGACGUCCUGGACCUCAAAUGAAGACAAUCUCCCGCCCGGGCCCAGUCAUCGUUACGCUCCCCCGCCCCUGACACUGUGCAUUGUACCGCGGUCGUGUUUUCCCUUUCUUUCUUUUUUUUGUUUUCCAAGUUGUCUGUUCUUUCAUUUUGAUUUUUUACAUUUUACGUUUGCAUUGUUACAUUUGUUUAGUUGUGUAUGGUGUCUACGGGUCUCCCCCCCCCCCCCCCCCCCCCUCCUUUUCAUCAGGUGUACUGGGGACCAGUUAUUGUCUUGUGAACCCCCCACCCUCCCCAAGGUGAGAGCGAGGCGGCGACAGCGCGAUGUUUACUAAUCAAGAGUUUUGACCUUCGACCCCCUCGACCACCCUAUAGAGAUACUAUUUAUGGUGACAACCAAAAAAACCUGAAUGUAAAUGUACGCAACAAGGCACGACUUCGCCCCUCCUGUGUUCACUGUGCGCUGCGGAGGUAGCUCUGGCUUCUCCUGUGUAGUGUAUGAAGUGAUUGACCCACCCAUCCCCCUCCCCUGAUCCGGUUUCAGAUAUUUUAUGAUGUAUGAACAUGUAUGUGUACAUCUGUUUAUACAUUAAGAUGCAUAUACAUGGACGGUAUGGCUGUCAUGCCUGUAAUGCAUAUAUCAAUAUAUUAUAAAAAUAUGUAUACAUUUUAUUACCAUGUUUAGUGAAGGUAUGAUGUUUUACACUCUUCUCACACACACGUCCCUGUUGUUUGCGUUCCCCACAGUAUAGGUAGGUAGGAAGGUAGGUCGAUAGGGCUGGAGCCGCGCGUCCCACAAGUGCCAUUUCCCAGCAUCCUACACUCAAGACACCUCUGAACAACCACCAUACGCCGGGGCCUAACAGUAGCAGCCAUGAUUGUAGUAAACACUAAAUAUUAGGUAUAAACACCCAGAACUAUAUUCUCUUGGCAUCGAUUUGGAGGCACUCCCUUAAAGCCACAUGCAUUGAGACAACCUUCUCGUGAAAACAAUGAGAAUACCUUAAAAGAAAUGCAUGACUUGCCUUUGCUAGACGUAUUGUGUAUUUUCUACCUUUACACUUUUCACAUACAGUUUGCAAUGCAUAUGACUACCAAUGUAAGACUAAACCAACGUGUGUGUGUGUGUGUGUGUGUGUGUGUGUGUGUGUGUGUGUGUGUGUGUGUGUGUGUGUGUGUGUGUGUGUGUGUGUGUGUGUGUGUGUGUGUGUGUGCGCUUGUGUGUUAGGUUGUGUAAGGUAUGUGGAUCUCUACAGCUCAGGAGGCGCAUUGUGAUGUGGUCAUUAACGAUACCAUAAUAACAAUAAAUACAAUUAAUGCUUAAACAAAUACAUCACAAUGCUUUGAAAGAGCAUGAAACUGCAGAGGUCAGUUAGCUAUCUCACUAUGUCAGAGAUUUGAACAAAAGACAGAUAGAAAGAAUAUAAAAUAUAUCAAUAAUAUCAAAAACUUUAUUCAGCACCUUUUUUUAACAAAGUUCCUAAUACACCAAUUCUUACAGAAGGUAGGAAAAGGUAUGAUGAGAAGAAAAUAUGAAAUUCAAACCGAAUAAAACGUUUAAGAAAAAAUCGAACUUAUUCAAGUUCUUCGAGGAAUUGUGUUGAAGUGGUUUUUAUAGUGAUAAUCCAUCACAGAGGUUUUCUCACACUUUUGGUUGCUUUGAAACAAUUCCUUGGUGACCAUUGAGUAAAAUGGGCUACAACAUCAUCUGGAAAAAUCGAACCGGCCCCAUAAGCUCUUGAAUCCACACGAAACACACACACACAGAGACAAACACACACAAACACACAGUCCUCACAGCACGGGAAAACGAGUAUUAUUUUGGCUCAAGGUGUUAACCAACACUGAGCGGUAGGUCCGGUAGGUCAUGGUACACACACACGGUCAAGGUGUUGGAGCGCACAGAAGAGCAGUGCUUUGGGGCCCUCUCUGUGGAUCUAGAUCAUCCUGCCCUGCUUGUCUCUGUGCCUCCUCUGUCCCACAGUGCUAGCCUACAGCUUCUUCCUUUGGACUCUCGUCCCACUUCACCCCUAGCACUAAAUACAUUAUACAUACAUAUAUAUAUAUAUAUAUAUAUAUAUAUAUAUAUAUAUAUAUAUAUAUAUAUAUGAAUAAAGGGAUAAAGAUCUGGUAGGUGUAUUUUUUAAAAUUGAAACAACCUGUUAGCUAUUUAUUGUUCCUAUUAAGUGUGAUUUGGGAGUGUUUGUUGGCGGCAGUUUGUACCACCGCUUCUCUUGUUAUUGUUCUUAUUAUGAUUAUUAUGAUUAUCGUAUUAUAAUACCAAUCAGUCCCUACAGUCGUUUCAUUCUCGGUUUAUUUGGGACUCCUUUUUUCUACCUCCCCUGUCGUUUUGCAGUGUUUUCUUUUGUAUCUGAAUUAAUAUUUACUGUUUAGACUGUUGCUGAACUUUUCUGUGAUAUCAAAAUGAGUAAAAAAAAAAUCUAAAAACUAAACAAAACACCAAGUGUCUUAAAAUAUUGUAUUGCCAUUGUUUUUAAUGCCAAGUACUACUUGUAAAUGUUUGUGUAUCAAAUGUGGCCUCAAAUAAAACUAAACUAUAUUAUUAUUAUUAUGAUUAUUAUAAUUUGGGCAUUUAUUUUAAGUGCUGUAGACCACUGCUGUGAAAGUAGUUACUUCUGUCCCUUGAUAUGUAAUAAAUAUUUAUGAAAUUUGA